GUUGAUUCCGAGUUUCUCGAAAGAGCAAAAGAAUACUGUGAGAAGAAGUUUGCGCGUAUGUUUGGUGAACGCCUUGUGCGUAGUCUCGAUGAUGAAAUUUUGUUCGCAGUUGAAAACUCGGACAACCAUGAUGAUGGUGGAAUUACGAAAUUAAAAAAUACAAUUGCAAAUGAUGUGUGUGUUUCAAGAAAUUUUCAGUUUGUCAAUCAAGAAUUACCUCUCAAGUGGGUCCAUUGUGAGGAGGAAAUAAUCGAUUAUCAGAAAAACCCUGACAGCAAGCAGUGUCUGAAUAUAAGUGAAGUGAAAAUCCUUCUGGAAAACAAAUGUCAGGAAACAUUUACUGAUUCGGAAUUUAAUUCAAUGUUAACCUUCUUUCACGACAGUGGACUUAUUCUUCUCCCAGGUAAUACAGUAUGUCCCAUUAUCGUGAUCUGAAAAAAUUCUCAUAGAAAUUGACGAGCUGUAUAUGUAUGCAUUUUGCGUCUUCUUUGCCUCAUUUUCUUUCUUGUUAUACUUAUCGUAUUCUAAACUUGAGUUUUUCGAAUAUGUACAUGCUAUGACCAUUGUAAGUGGGUGCAUAUUGUAAGUUGCUGCCAAUCAGCGUCAAUUAUAAUUGGCUCGAAAAUAUCUAAUGCUAUACCGAAAAAUUCAAGAUUUGUACGACGACGUUUUAAUACAUUUACAGAAUGCAUAUGUGGAACAAAUCUAAAGUGCAGUAAGAAAUUUGGAGGCGAAAAAUAGUUUAUUCAGCAUAUUCUUAGUCUAAUUUUCCAUUAUUUUUAAAGUGUAUAGGCGCAUGGCUUUCAGGGUUAUAGGACCACUACCCCCUGUAUGUCUGUUCUAAAAUCUAGCAUUCUAAAUAGCAUAUGGCCAUAUGUGAAUUUCUGAAUACCCUAAACUCAUCAUAUGGCCAAAUAUUUCAUUUUAGAUUCGUUUCAAACAGUACUUGCGUCUGGCUCUACAAUCGUGUAAUAGGUUAUUUUAUAUUUUAUUAAGAAGUCAUAUUUUCAUACCAGUGGAUAAACGCAAAUUAUAUUUAACGCAAUUUAUAUAUUGAUGAGCCAUGGUGUUCCGUGCCGAAGGAUUUUCCUCACGUGAUUGAUGCAAUAGAAAUACUACUAACUACUAUACUACUAACUACUAUACUACUAACUACUAUACUACUAACUACUAUACUACUAACUACUAUACUACUAACUACUAAGACUACUAACUACUAAGACUACUAAUAGUCCAUGGGCUCUAACGAGCCCGGUGGUGCCUCAUUGAUUGCUGUUCACAACGAUCUUCCAGUGUUCGCGAUCAUGUACAAUGUCCAUGCAUUCAUCAUGCGAUGCAGGGCAUGCCCGUCCAUUCUGUGAUGACGUCUAUCCAUGUCCUUCUCGGCCGCCCUCUUCCAGGAUUAUUCCAGAUAUUGUACGAAUUCUUUUGAAAUACUGUAUGAUCUCAUGGAUUUUCUAACAAGGUAUGCGUUAUCCGCCAGUUUCCAAGCAAAUCUGCAUGGAAAAAAAAUGUCAAAAAAAACAUACACGAGUACUACAACAAUCGUUGGCAAGGAAAAAUAUGAAAUUCUUCCUGUGAAUGAAAUUUCACCAUUGUGGUUAUUAGCUAAAACGAAUCCGGAUUAUCUAAAACAAAUUAAUGAUAUUAUAAUAUUACUAUUGUGGUAUUUGUAUUAGCAAUGCAUGCAUUACUGUAUUGUUAUUGCACAAGCCAAUCAAGAGAGGAACUAAGGGAAUGGAUGAGCGAUAUUAUGCCAAUUGCGAUGACAGUACAUAUAGCAAGUUUAACCGACAUGGAAUUUCCCUUAGGUAUACUAUAUAAAACGUCAGAAGUAUGGACGCAGUUCUUCCUCAAAUUUGCAAGCUAUGUUUACUUUUGUUACAGGCGUACAAUUUUUUUCAAUUUAGUUUGCUAGUUAGUUAACAAUUGAUAGCAUCUCCUCAUCUAUAUUCGAUUAUUACUAUACUUUUUGUAAAUUUCUACUCUUCAGAAACUGGAGGCAAUAAAGAUUUAAAAUUCAAUCACGCACUGUUCGUUGUAGCCUACUAUAGGUUGGGAAUAUUGCAGCGUUAUAAUACCCAAACUCAGUCUAUCCAUUAGCCAAUUGGUAUGUCACAGUUCGAGUGUACUGGCAACGUACCCAGUCAUCCAUUACCAUACAUUCUUUUACGAGGAGUUCGAUCAAUUUCAGACAAAGCAUAAGACAAAAUAUGAAAUCAAUCAGUUAUUCGUAGAAAAAUCGGAUUUUCUCAGAAUCUCUGUCUUACCAACCAAUUGCGGUUCCGCUUCCAUAACCUCUUCGAAGUCACUAGCAAAGCACCUGUAGUAUCAACAUCCUCCAGCGUCAUGCAUUAACUACAACAUAUGCCUUUACAGCAACGUUAACAAAAGCAUCUUCGUGCAGACGCGCACGUGCCUUUAGUUUAUCUACUUUGCUAUUUCCAACUUUGUUUUUUCAAUUUGAAAAGGGAAAUAUUCACCUCUUUUGACAUAUUCUUCAUCGAUCACACAAUACCGCACUGUGUAAUGUUUUUAUUUUAAUGUAUAGUUUCUCUUUUUCGUUUUAGGCGUCAUGUAUGAUGUUAAUGACGAAUCUAUAGGGAAAGAUCUGGUAAUAUUAUCUCCACAGUAUCUGGUAGAUAUAAUGACACGCAUCCACGAGGUUCCUGGCGAUCGUGAUUUAAAACGUCAAUUUAUCAACGAAUUUCAAAAGCUUAAAGACGAAGGCCGAGUAGCGUUCAAGCUACUUGAGCAUGUUUGGAAAGAUAAGAUGGAACAGGUUGACAUUCUCGUUGAACUGCUUUCAAGUUUUAAACUUCUUUAUCCACUUCAUACAGACAGUGAAUCAGAACCACAAGAAGGAGCAGAGCCACUUGCUGCUGUUGAUACUUCAGUAAAAGAGUUUAUUAUACCGUGCAUGCUGAAGGAGAAGUCUCACGAGAGUUUGAGUAAACGUUGGCUUAAGACUUGCGAGAAAUGGACGGACAUCGAAGAAACUGAACAUAAAUUUGUCUUUGAUUUUGGCUGCUUCCUCCCUCCACCAUUGUUCGAUUACUUCUUGGUUCACAUAUAUCGUCACAGUUGUAAAACCAAGGGAAUCCGUCCUAUUCUGCAAAGACGCAGUGGCAUAUUCUCCUUUUCCAACAAAUUCUUGUUCUGUACCAGACUGGUUCUAAAAGAUUGCCAGAUUUGGGUCCGUGCCAGGUUUGUUCUUAUGUGUUUCCACUGUUUCGCACCACACUUGUUAUUUGACGUUUCCAUAAUACUUGGGCCGGACGUGUUAAUGUUGGGAUAG